UGCAAAUUGUAGUAAUGGAGAUGGAGCAAGAAAAGAGAUCAAAAAAACCUAUAUUUUACACUAGAUCUGAAUACUAUGAUUUCAUUAAAGAAUCAAACUUUCUUGAAUCAUGUUUUCUUUGUCGGAAAUAUCUUGGUCAUAACAGAGAUAUCUUCAUGUACAGAGGGGAUAUGGCGUUUUGCAGCUAUGAAUGCAGACAAGAACAGAUAGAGAUUGAUGAAGCUAAAAAGAGGAUUAGAUCAAGAAGGGUUAUUUCAUCUUCAUCUUCUUCAUCUUCAUCAUCUUCAUCUUCUUCAAAGAGAAGUUCGGUUAGAGAGAGUUCUUCAGAUCAGACAACUCAUAAAUCAUCAUCAUCUUCUAUCCCAAAUAAAGAUGUAAGAAUUGGAACUGUUUUUGUGGCUUGAUCUUGUCAAACCCGGUUUCCUUAAACCGGGUAGUAUUGAUAUUUGAUUUUGCUAAUAACAACUCAUGAACCGGGUUCUUAUGGGACAAUUUUGAGUUUCUUUUUUUUUUUUUGCUAAUAACUUUUCAUUUUCU